AUGGCGCCGGAAACCGCUCAAUCGCAAACGCCGGAGACCCCCAUGCGCGAUCUCCAGAACGACGCACCAGUCACAGAUACAUUGGAGGCUGGCAAUACUGAUGAGCGUCCCUCAAAGAAAGCCAAGUUGGAUGAUGCCUCAACGCCUGACAACAACGCUAACAACAUUGCCCCUCAGCGCAUGAGGGGUGUCGCUCCUGUUAAGCCAGAAUUCAUUAUCCCAAGGGCUACGGGCACCGAGCCGCAACCUAACACCGACGAUGCUGCCGAGGCCGCACGUCACGAGGGGGCCCAAGGACAAGAGGCGGGGAAGAAGAAAAAGAAGAAGCCUACUGGACAAAACACAAACCGCACUUUUGGAUCGUCUCAAGACGAAAAGGGCCUGUGUCCGAGCAGGAUCUUUACACCUGAAUUCUCUCCCGGAGCUUGCCAAUGGGGCGAAAAGUGUCGUUUCGAGCACGAUCUACGAACCUACCUGAAGGAAUACAAACGUGGUGAUCUGACAACCUUCGAUGGCGUGUGUCCGGUUUGGGACGCAAAAGGCAAAUGUCUCUCUGGCUGGAAAUGCCGUCUCGUUGGCUCUCACAUGACUGAACGCGAGACCGCCGAUGGCAGAAAAGAAUUGGUGCUGGUUGAGGAUGAGGAGCGCAAGAAGAAAGCACAGCCACUUGUUCCUUUUGCAGUCGAGGAUGGCACUGCAAAUAUUGCUCCAAUAGAAGCUAAGAUUGCGCUAAACCGCAAGAAGGUCAAGACGCCUCGAGCUGAUGCAUACGGAAGUUGGCUGGACAAAACUUCUAGAGAACUGGAAAAAGUAAUCCACAACCGGGAGGUUCAUGAAGAGCGGGGCGCGGAGUCCAAGACUGAUCAAGCUGAAAGAGAGAAAGAAGACAACCGGGCGCAAUAUCUAGAGCCACCAUUCUUACCAUCGGAAAAGCGACGUAUCUACUUCGGCCCGGAGACUCCUGUUUUGGCACCUCUAACCACACAAGGAAACCUCCCCUUCCGGAGACUUUGUAUAGAACUUGGUGCACAGUUUACCUACUCGGAGAUGGCUCUGAGUAUGCCAUUGAUUCAGGGUCAAAGGGGAGAGUGGGCAUUGAUGAGAGCCCACGAGACGGAAAUGCUACCUCCAACCAUUUCGCCAGGGGCUGAUGUAGUGCAGGGAUAUGAUCACUCAAAAGAUUUUAGGUUCGGUGCCCAAAUUGCGGCAAACAAACAUUGGCAAGCGCUUAAGGCGACUGAGGUAUUAUCCGCAUACACCCCAAACCUUCGUGUUAUCGAUCUGAACUGCGGCUGCCCUAUUGACUUACUCUUCCGCGAAGGAGCUGGGUCUGCCCUUCUCGAACACCCGUCGAAGCUCGAGAGGAUCCUUCGCGGUAUGAACGCAGUUUCACAAGAAAUACCUAUUACCGCCAAGAUUCGCAUGGGAACCAGAGACAAUUCACCCAAUGCUCUCAAGUUGGCAGAACGUUUAAUCCUUGGGGGCUACGAGUCCAGUACCCUUGGGCUUGGUGCUCCUGGCGUAGCAGCCCUCACCCUGCAUGGACGGAGCAGGCAGCAGCGGUACACAAGACAAGCGGAUUGGGGAUAUAUCUCUGAAUGUGCUGCCCUUAUCAAGAGACUGAAUGAAAAGACGGAUCAAGUCACGGAUACCGUACGAGAGCCGGACCCACGGACCCAGCCGAAUGGAGGUAAAACAUGGUUCCUUGGGAAUGGGGACUGUUACUCGCACCUGGAUUAUGAUGAUCACGUUAACAAUGCUGGUGUCGAUACUGUGAUGGUUGGUCGAGGUGCUCUGAUCAAGCCUUGGUUAUUUGAGGAGAUUCAAGCUGGCCAAUACCUCGAUAAGUCUGCGUCCGAGCGUUUAUCGUUGGUUGAGAAGUUUGCCAAGUAUGGUUUGGAGACAUGGGGAUCAGACGAGCAUGGAGUUGGCACCACGCGCCGCUUCCUUCUUGAGUGGUUGAGCUUCGCCUGCCGCUAUAUUCCUAUCGGAUUGCUGGAAUAUCUUCCACCACGUAUUCAGGACCGACCGCCGUCUUGGAGAGGCAGAAAUGAGUUGGAGACUCUUAUGGGCAGUCACAACUACAAAGAUUGGAUCAAGAUCACAGAAAUGUUCCUCGGUCCAGCACAUAAGGACUUCAGAUUCGAGCCGAAACACAAGUCCAAUGCCUGGGAAGCGGAAGCAGAGGGAUGA